UGCUCACGCACUCUCCCAAUCUUCAAUCAUCGGAAUCUACUAGACACGGCGAAUUAGACGCCUAGGAUAUCAUUGACACGCCCAUACCCAUGGCUACCGUUAGCCUGCCCAUCGCCUCGCUUGGGGCUGAGGAUCCGGCAGCCGGCCCGGCGAGGGCCCUCGCUACUGCCGUGACGACGGGCGGACAACCAACUUCAACUUCCCUUGCCACAUGUGCCCAAGAGCUACAAACCCAAUCUGAUAGUGCAGAGGGUGCCCUCCACUCGCUCAUAAGGACUCAUCAACAAACCAUUGUCGGCCAGGUGACAACGGGUCAUGCGCUCGCGGCAUCCUCAGCCGCUAUCGACAAUUCAUUUCUGUCUGUUGAGCGCCAGUUCGACAUUCUCGAUAAUGCGCACCCGACGUCUCUCUCUCCUCUUGUGGACACGGCCGUGUUAAGGCAGAGCUGUCGGCAUGAGGCGGCAGUCGCCAACGUCACGACAUCGUCUCUCACGUUAAUAAAGCAACAAUACGAUGGGCUGGUCAAUCUAGAAGAUGCAAUGUGGGCUGGACACGGCGCUGAUGAAGCGUUUCUCGUCCAGCUGGAGCAGAUACCUUCGCAGAACGCUGGGAUUGACACGGCAGUCGUGACUGCGAUCAGGAACCGAUAUGACCUGCUGAGGACCAUGGCAUCCGAGCAGCUCUCCAAUGCUUGGAGAGCCGCCAUCUCUGUCAGUGAAGGCACUUCUGAAGGCGGACCGCGCAUUCAAGUCGCGAAUCAAGUAGAGUUAUCUACGCCACGCCUCUCUCGCCUUACGCCAUCCUCAAAGCCUUCCAGCACGAAGGCAGACCGUGUCCAAACCUACAGUGUUCCGCAACUGUUCACGGCCUUGACCAGGCUAGGUGCCUUGCCACCCCUUCUCCGAGACCUGCAAGCACGCCUUAUCCGAACGAUUGUUCAUUCGCUCGUGGAUGGUGAAGCCUCACAUGCGGGGCGAACUCAAUCCUCGUCAUCAGACACAUUGCAGCUCAACGCCAAUCCGCACCAGCAACCUAUUGACGUUGUCAACAAUCUGAAGGAUGUUCUCCUCUUCAUUGCCAACCAAGUGUACCCCGCGCCCUCAAGUGAACCGGAAACUCUCAUCCAACAGCAAUUUAUGUCAGACAUAAGAGAGGAAUCCUUUCACUACGUUCUGGACCACCUUCUUCUCCCCGCGAUGCCCACAUCAACUUCACGCCUAUCCGCUUGGGCAGACUUGGUGCGUCAAUCAGCUGAGUGGGAAGAUCAAUUGGCCAAAGGGACAAAUUCGGCGUCCGUUCUCGGAAGCUUCCUCGCCACCGAUGCGGGCGAAAGGUGGAUCCUGGAACGCCAACGCAUUUUACUUCGUCAGGGGCGGCGACUUGUCUACGAAGGUUGGGCGGCCUGGACGUGGAAGGACGUCGAAGUCAAAGAAGUAGACCCAGCCACUGCAGACCUCUCCGCAGCAGAUGCCAAGGCAACAGAGCCCAAUAUGGGGGACGAUGAUGGCUGGGGCUUUGACGAAGACGAACAACAACUUCCAACAAAGGAAUCUUCGGCUGUCGGUGCCGAUGACUCCGAGGAAAACGACGGUUGGGACUUUGAUGACGAGUCAUCAACGGUUUCCCAACCUGUGGUUCCAAAGAAGCCUGUCAAGGAGGCUCGACGGUUAGGGAAGAAGGUUGGGUCCAAACCUGCACCUCCGGCGGAGGGACGAUUGAGCGAUGUCGAGCAACAUCAAGUCGCCAAGCCAAGACCCCGCGCCAUUUCGCCGCUUCCCAGUGCCACCAAAGAUAUCGCUGCAGUUUCGAUAUCUAGCCCGUCAACAUACCGCAUUUCCACCAUUUGCGACGAGGUGCUAGCAAUGGCGGCAGAUUUGGGAAAGGACAUUGAGAGUUUCUCCGACCUCAAGCUCGAUUACCCGUCUUUCGCAAGUUCGAGCACUCGUUUAGCUGGCCAGCUUGCGGAAAUUCUCGACUUCAUCCGCGCGACCACUCCCAUCGCCCACGCAGCUCACUUGAAGUCGACUCCUUCGGCGACCUUGCAGCUUGGGAACGACUUCACCUACAUUGCGGAUGGGCUUCGGGAGUCGCAACAGGCUGUAUCUUCAGCGGCUUUUGGCGAGGUAUCCGAGAGGUUCAAAGCUGCGGGAACGACAUUAUUCUUGUCCUGUGCUGAGGACCAGAUAUCACACGUUUCGACUCUUCUCAAGGGUGUUAACAGCCUUGUCGGUACGGCAGACGAGGCCGUCUUCUCCAACGCUCGAGCCGCCGUUCAGCAGCUCAUCGAGUUUGUGGAGAUGUUAGCGAAACAGGUUGAGAACGUCAUCGAGCCUCCUCGGUACUUCCAGUUCCUUGGUCUCGUGAUCGAGGCGGCGUGCGCAACACUGUUGGACGACGUUUUGGCAAUGGAUGACAUCACGGAAGUGGAAUCCACCAGAAUCGGACUGCUCUUGGCUCAGAUUGAAAGCCUGGAGCAUUUGUUCAAGAGCCACUCUGACGACGUUUCAAGCAUUCCCACCUUCGUGCCGGAUUGGCUCAAGCUCUGCUACGUGAAUGAGCUUCUUGGGGCGAAUCUUGUGGAUAUCACCUAUCUCUUUGAGAAUGGCUCAUUGGUGGACUUCAGUCCCAGUGAGCUUGGCAAGCUGAUCCGGGCACUGUUUGCAGACAGCGAGAAGCGAACAAAGCUAUUAGACAAAGUGGAGUUUGCAGCCUAG